UUAGUAAAAAUAUUGAAGAGAUACAUUUAUUUUGUUCACCACUAAAUUCAAUUUGUGAUUUCGAUUAUUGUAAUGAACAGUCAUCAAACACACUGGUACCAACAUUUGAAAAGUUUGAUAAUCUCAAAUCAUUAACAAUCAACGGUUAUAAACUUGAUGAAAAUAUCAUUAAAAUAAUUUCGAAUAAAAAAAAAUUAAUUUAUUUGAGUUUAUCACGUUGUGAACUUGAGACAACUAGUUGUCUAACAAUGAUAUUAAAUUUAAAUAAUCUUGAAACACUAAAACUACGAUCAGUUAAAAUUGUUGAUGAUUUAUUUUUAUAUAAUUUAUCACGUAAAUGUUUAAAUUUAAAACAUUUAAAUUUAGCACAAUGUAAUAAAGUAAGUGAUACUGGAAUUAUUGAAUUAACAAAAUUAGAUAAACUUGAAGAAUUAAUUUUAAAUAGAUCAACAAAUAAUAUAGUUGAUAUAUCUGAUAAAUCAAUAAGGCAAUUUCGAAAUCUUAAAAAAUUACAUUGUUUUGGAUGUGAUUGUGUUACUCAUGAUGGCAUUAUCAAGGUGUUAAAAAAUUCACCAGAACUUGAAUUGCUAGAUAUAGGAAAUACAGAAGUAUCUCCAACAAUAUUUUUACCAAUUGCAUCAAGUUUAACAAGACACAGAACAAACAAUAUUAUAUUAACAUUAAAAGUUGAUUUAGUUUGGGAUAUUUUUGCACCUGAUCCACGAAAAACAAUUGAACCAUCACCUUAUCUCAUCAUUGAUAAAUCAUAAUUCAUAUUUAGAUAAA